AUGGAGGCCCCUGGCUCCUCGUAUGCAAAUCGCUGCUUUGCCUGGGCCGGGGGCCAGGAGCCCGGGCCCUGCCAGGGGGCGUGGCCGAGGCCCCCGCCCGCGCCGCGCGGUGCGCUCACCUGGGCAAGUGGCAGUCGCGGCCCCGCCAAGCGCUACCCGCGGGACAAGUGGGGCGCGCGACGGCUGCGCUCGGCUCCGCGGCGUCCACGGCGCUACGCUUGGGGGCGGCAGGAGGAGACCCUGGCUUCGCAGGGGGCCCGCCUGGGGCCCGCGCAAGGAGCCUGGGGGGGCGCUGGUUUUGGCCCCGCCUGGGGCAGGAUGGUGAAUCUGGAACUCAUGCACACAGAUAUCAAGAUGAGCGGGGAUGUAGCCGACUCCACGGACGGCCACAACGCUCUCAGCCAGGUGGAGACAGGUCGGCACCGGGAUUUCUCUGGCCCCCACAUGAACAACACCAGCACCCUGCUGACCGCAGGCUCUGUGCAGAUCAAAACGGAGGACCUCAGCGACUCCCUGCAGCAGACCCUCUCCCACAGGCCCUGCCACCUGAGCCAGGGACCCGCCGUGAUGUCUGGAAGCCAAAUGUCUGGGGAUAUGACUUCCCUGCACCCCCUGCAGCAGCUCGUGCUGGUUCCUGGCCACCUGCAGUCUGUGUCCCAGUUCCUGCUGUCGCAGACCCAGCCUGGGCAGCAAGGUCUGCAGCCAAAUCUUCUCCCUUUUCCACAGCAACAGAGUUCUCUCCUCCUCCCACAGACGGGGCCUGGCCUGGCGUCCCAGGCAGUGGGGCGUGCGGGGCUGCCCGGGUCCUCCGUGGAGCCCCACCUGGAGGUGUCCCAGCACCUCCCGGUGCCCAAGUACCAGCCCGGCACGGGAGGGGCCGACGAGCCCAGCGACCUGGAGGAGCUGGAGAAGUUCGCCAAGACCUUCAAGCAGAGGCGCAUCAAGCUGGGCUUCACUCAGGGGGACGUGGGGCUGGCGAUGGGGAAGCUGUACGGCAACGACUUCAGCCAGACCACCAUCUCGCGGUUCGAGGCCCUCAACCUGAGCUUCAAGAACAUGUGCAAGCUCAAACCUCUGCUGGAGAAGUGGCUGAGCGACGCAGAAUCCUCCCCCUCCGACCCCUCGGUGAGCACCCCCAGCUCCUACCCCACCCUCAGUGAGGUGUUCGGCCGGAAGAGGAAGAAGCGCACCAGCAUUGAGACCAACAUUCGCCUGACCCUGGAGAAGAGAUUCCAGGAUAACCCCAAACCCAGCUCCGAGGAGAUCUCCAUGAUCGCAGAGCAGCUGUCCAUGGAGAAGGAGGUGGUGAGGGUUUGGUUCUGCAACCGACGCCAGAAGGAAAAGCGAAUCAACUGUCCUGUGGCCACGCCCAUCAAAUCGCCCAUCUAUUCGUCCCGUCUGGUGUCUCCCCCCGGGUCUCUGGGCCCCCUCGCCAUCCCUCCUGUCCACAGCACGAUGUCUGGAACAGUGACAUCGUCCUGUUCCCCUGGGAACAGCAGCAGGCCUUCCUCUCCCAGCUCAGGACUCCGCGCCAGCAGCCCCACAGCCUCUCAGAAUAACUCCAAAGCAGCCGUGAACGCCUCCUCCAGUUUUAACUCUUCAGGAUCUUGGUACCGAUGGAAUCAUCCCACCUACCUCCACUGAGACCAAACAAUUUCUCCUGUGCCACCUGGCCCCGUACCCCGGAAGGAAGGGAGUCGUGCCUUCUCUGUGGACAGAUUGCUUUCAGAAGAGAACCCCACUGUCGCUAACCCAGACUCUUGCCUCCUUCAGGGGCAAGAGCCUCGGAAAUUCAAACUGUGAUCGAACCGUGUGUUGACUCCUAGUUUCCAGAAAACAUAUACC